ACACAAUAACCUCUUAUUGACUGGCCUCAAGCUGCUUUUGUAAGGGAAGGUUUCCCGGUGGAAGUGGUUAACAGUGAUUGAUCAGAGUGCCACCCAUUGGUCAGAGUGGGGAAAGCCAAAAGAAAGAGGUCCUGAGUUAGAAUUCUAAUCACCAAAUUUCUUCGGAACGAGGGAAUGUAAAUUAACGCGGGUACUUUUGCAUAACAAUGGAAGCUAACACUGUAUGAACUGUAUGCUGAUCAGAUACUGUUCUCAGCGUUUAUGUACAUUAAAAAUGGUCCUAAGAGAUGGGGACUAUUAUUAUCUACAUUUUUCCCCCAGUACAGUAAGACAUUGAGAUCUGAGCUAUUGCCAUUUGCAAGAGGUCACACUGGGAAAAGAAGUCUUACAGGCAUCACUGGUAGAGUAGUUGGAAAUAGUGUAACACUGAGUACAUGCCACAGAGCUGAAGGAUGGCUCAGUUAAGAGCAUACCAUAGCUAAGAAACUUCAGAAAUUCAAGUUCAGAGAAUUAGAGACCCUUUUGCGGCUUCCGCGGGGACCAGGAGAGCACUGGGUACACGGAUGUGCAUGUGGACAAAGCAUUCAUACACAAUGGAGUAAUAACUUAAAAUCACCUUCCUUAGAAAUGCAUGCACCAAAGCCAUCUGUAAGAACUAAAACCCUGUCAUUCUUAAGCAUGGUUACAGGGAGGUAGAAGCCUUGGUCUCACCUAAGCGACCCUAUCACCAGUAACCAGACACAGAAGUUAAAAGCGGGACGGUGAUCUAAUCUAAAUAUGAAACAUAACUUGUGGAUCCUUCUAAGUUCACGUCAGACGGGUAAUGUGCCCAUGUCGUAACAAGGUUUAAUGGGCGGCACAUAUCACGCACGCGGCAUGAACACCCAAUCAUCACGCUUUAUGAACCGAAAGGAUCGGUAGGCGUCUCUGCCUUGAGAAAUAUCAAGUAAGCCCUACCAGUUUAGGAAGAGGGUCACUAACAUGAUACAGCUCUAUCUAGGCUCUGCACACGAAAUCUACUACACUCUAAACAUUACUGAGAUUUCGCGAAAAUUCUCUUGUUUCUACCCUAGCAAAUGAAAUCAGAAUCAAAAUUAGUGAGCGGACGCUUAACUAUGCAAAUAUAUUCGUCAUAGCUCCACCUUUUACUCGGUCCCUUUCGGACGGACUGUUGCUUUUUGGCCAUGAGUCGUAAAAAGAAGCGUUGCGGCUCCAAUGGCGGAAGUUAGUUUUGCUUUACGGCAACAAUGUUAUCCAGGGCCGGAAGUUGCUGGGUACGGAUGCUGUACGGGAAAAGCUGUAGGUGUCGGGAGCCUUUUUGGUGUCACAGUUCAGUAGGUUAUCUUUAAAAUUAACUUGUUUUUGAGUCUCCAGAAAGACAAAUUUCGCCACAUGUUAGGAGGCCCCUUCUUACACCCACUUAACCGAGUGGAUUGACACUCGAUCCUUGUGUCAUAACAGUAAGCCUUUUCACUGUGCAUGAUUUUAGAUUUGUUCGUUGGGGUACUCCCGGCCCCGAACACCUCCCCUAUUUGGUCUCUGACCCCGCGGAGAGCCCAGCCCAUCGGGUGAGACUAGGAAUGAAGCUUGGCAGCACCGAAGAGAAGUCGGGGGGCGGCUGCUCCCUGCCUACAGAGGUGUCUCCCCCGGCCCUCCAACAAGCCUUUUCCAAGAUUCUGCACGGUCUCAGCCGCCAAGAGUCAUCAGGACAAGGCAACGCAGGAAAUGCCGCUCUAAGAGACCUCGGUGCUUUAAUAGAAGCCACCGAAUGUGACAAAUUAUUUGAGGGGACUGGGGGUGGUGGAUCCCCCCGGGAGAUGCCCGAGAUCCUGGGACAGGUGGCGAAAGCCCUGGAGAAGUUCGCAGCACCCAAGGAGAAGGCAGAUGGAAGCGAAGAACAUCCCGAAGUGCCCGAGAAGGCAACUGAGAUUGAAGCAGCCAUGGACCAGUCCGAAAUCUCAGCAUGUUGCUGGUGAGGUGCUGUCUUUACUGUUUCGUGUUACUGAGUGCAGUUCUGUGGCAGAAUUCCUAUGCGGAGAAAACAAAGAUGAUCGGGGGAGAUUCGCUGUGGUCUUGGGGCUUCUUAAGCCCCACUUGAAUAAGGAAACCUGGAAGAAGAAUCCUGCUGUCAAACAUGUUUUCUCAUGGACUCUCCAACAAGUCACUCAGCCCUGGCUGAGCCAGCAUCUAGAAAAGAUACUUCCCCCAUCUUUGCUCAUCUCAGAUGAUUAUCAGACGGACAAUAAGGUCCUGGGUGUCCAGUGCCUCCAUCACAUUGUGAUUAAUGUGCCAGCCGCUGACCUGCUGCAGUACAACAGAGCCCAGGUCCUGUACCAUGCUCUUUUCAAUCACCUGUACAUGCCAGAGCACCGCCUCAUUCAGGCUGUGCUCCUGUGUCUCUUAGAUUUAUUCCCUGUCCUAGAGAAAGCGCUGCACUGGCAGGGAGAAGCCGCUCGAGCCUCUACACACUGUCACGAGGUGCUACAACUGGUCCUCACGCACAUGGAGUCAGAGCACCGCCUUCUCCUCCGUAGGACUUACGCCAGGAACCUGCCGGCCUUUGUGAAGAAGUUGGGGAUCCUAACCGCCCGGCACUUGAAGAGGCUGGAGCAAGUUAUCCUUGGUUACCUGGAGGUUUAUGAUGAACCGGAAGAUGAAAGCAGGCUGAAGAUACUGGAAACCCUGAAACUUGUCAUGCAGUACACUUGGCCCAGAAUUCCCUGCAGAGUUGUGGUCUUACUGAAGGCUCUCCUGAAACUGAUAUGUGAUAUAGCCAGGGACACGAUCCCCACAACUGAGGCUGCUAAGAGUGCGGUGCUCCAGGAAGCCACAGACUGCCUGAUUCUCCUGGACCACUGUUCUCAGGGGCAGGUGAAGGGUCUUCUGGCUAACAUCGCCCUGUCCUGUGACGACAGCACAGUGGUGAGCUGCAUCAGGAAGGUGCAGGGCUCUGCAGAGGCUCCCGGCGAGGACCCUGGAGAUGACUAACCAGCAGGAAAGACUGCUCUUCUUACCCCGUUCAUAUGGACGGACUCAUGGGCAUUUAAAAAAAAUCUAUUUUUGUAUUAAAAUAUAAGUUGAAAUUUUA